UCGCGACGUUCUCUCGUGUUCGCAGAGCCAGUUUCGAAGCGAUGAUCUCUGUCGCGGUAGGAAAAUUCGUGGAAAGACGGGGGCCAUGGGAAACCAUGGUGUGUGGUGUUGUUAUUCGGGAAUUUCGGCGUGGUGAGGCGCGCGCGUAGAGGAGCGUACAUGCCGAUGACAGGACUGUGACGGAGUGCUAAUAAUACGUAUAAUAGGCCGGUGGUGCGGCGCGCGUGUGUCGGUGGUGGUCGCGCAUGAAUUUGUGCCGAUAAGCAGGGGCAGGGAGAGGAACAGGGACUAGAACCGGGAAUAGAGAGAUGUGGAUAGUAUACUGGCGCGCAUACGCGUAUAGAUAGUUGACGUUGGUUCGGAGUAUAGAGAAGCGUGGCUAUGGGAUCUCGACUACGUGCAUAGAUACUUGCAAGUUUGAAGCGUGCGUGAACGUUGCCGCGUUCUCGAGCGAACGGCCGAUCGAUCUCGAUAUACCGAACGGUCCAGUCAAUACGUGCGCAAAUCGACGUGAAAUCAACGCGCGAAACUAGGACGAUCUUUCGCCUUCUCUUUCUCUCUCUCUCUCUCUCCUCUUCCUCUUCGCUGCGAUGUUUUCUCACCCGGUCACGUGGAACGCGAGUCGCGCGAGAUACGAAGGUACCGGAGAGACACGGCGCGACGUGGUCGUACGAAGAUCGUCGCGAAAAUAAGAGUAGAGGAAAGGAGAAGCGAGAGGAUGGCGGGCUAUUUCUCAGUUUCACCCGCAGAGACUUCCUUCGCGAGAAUAUAUCGACGCGUCAGGAGCAAACUGGCCCGUUUACGAUACCCACGCGUAUAUACCUAUACCUGUCGGGCUGCUAUACCACGGCUCGUUCGCGCAGCUUUCAAACGCGUACGUCUGCCGUGCAAGUUUGCUUUCACGAUCUCUAUUUACAGAGAGUGGUAGUUUCGCUUUAUGAAGAGGGAGAAAGAAGAAGAAGAAAAAAAGGAGAAACGGCCAAGUUCGAAGUCCGUACACUGGCCAGGGGGAACGUUGUUUCGAUGAUCCAGAGUGCGGAGUACGGUGACUAGAAGAAUCGCUGGUGCAGCCAUGGAGCGAGCGUAGAGGUUGCGUGGUCGAGGUUGCAAGCCACCACCUCUCUUCCUCGUCCUCCUCCGGUCGGCGCCGUUCUUCCAGUUCUCCGAUGCGACGAGACGUUCAGUCGGCUGGCGACAGCCGUCCGUGCUUCGCGUUCCUUCCUAUCGCGCACGCCCUGUCUCUCGCCCGCGAAAUCCCCCUCGUUCGUUCGUUCGUUCGUUCUCUCUGCUCUCUUCGUCCUUUCUCCUCGCGUCGCGCGUUUCUACCAACAGCCGCCGUUCGUUGCUCGAUCGUUCGCGAUCGUCCGCAGAAGAAAACGGUGGUUGGACGAAACGAUGAAACGCGUGGUUGUGGUGGUCGCGCGUCGAUCUCGCGGAUUUCGCUAGAUACUCGCGUCGCCGGUGACACGACGAUCGAGAAGUCGCGCGGUCGUGCUACGGACGAUCUUUUGGAUUUCCUGGAGGGUUCGAGAGGACCGGAAGCCCGAUCGCCGAUCGGAGAAGUCACCUCGGCGGCCAGAGACAAGGCUUCGCGCGAAGAUGUCCAGUCGGAAGAUGUUCACUCGCCCUCCUCUCACCAUCAUCACCACCACCACCACCAUCAUCAUCAUCAUCAUCAGCAGCAGCAGCAGCAGAAGAUCGGCGGGCAAACGAAACAGGUCAACACGCCCCGAGCAGAGUACAAAGGGACGAGCUCGGGAGUUUGCUCGGCAUCCUCCGACAGCGGCAGCCCCUUGCCCUCGCACUACCUCAAACCGGAAUCGGAGGACGCGGCUGGUUCCGGAAGCACCGACACCGCCGGCAGCACCGGCAGCAGCGCUAACGGAUCCGUGGCCAACUGCAGAACGGAAGAGCAAAACGAUGGAUCCGCACCGUCCAACGGCAACGGCACCGCCGCCAACGCCAACGCCAGCAACGGCGGCAGAUGCAUCGCCGGUGUGUUCGCUGGACACGGCGAGCUGAAGAGCGUGCUCGGCACCGUCGUCAAAUUCGCCACGGGCAUCUCUCCUGACACCGGCGACACCGUGCUCACCUUGGUGUUGGCGCUUCUGAGCGGCACCAUGACUGCGGAGGAGUUCCACUCGGCCCUCCAGGAAGCGACCAACUAUUCUCUGAAAGGGUUUGUCUUGCCACAUCUGAAGCAGCAAUUACCCUCCCUGCAGAGAGACUUGAGCAACGCUGCCAGAGCAACUAACCAAAGUUGCGCGCAGUUUUUACGAUCGAACGAGGCAGCGAUUCUCGAGGCUGUCGGUUUGAUAGCGGCGACCGAGCAUGUGGAGAUCUUCGGAGAACACGCCGGCAACGGAGCUGGAAGCGGAAACGGCGGCAAUCAAUGCUCCGCUCAUUACGGCGUACGAUCCAAUUCUAAUCCCGGUAUUGGCGCUAUUCAACAUACGAACAACGCCACGGCCGGUUUCCAUCAUUAUUCCAGCGGCUCAUCGCACGCGCCGAAACGGCGCGCCUCCGAUACACCGUACUACGAGAACGGCGCCGCUCUCCUCGAGGACGUUCCAGUAUACGGGAAGAGGCUUACGAAUCCAUGGAGUCAUCACCAUCCGCCGCAGCCGCAACAGCAACCGUCCACCGACGGUUCCUCGCCGUACUGUUGGUAUCAUCCGCUUCAUUCGUCGAGCGGAUCGAUUCAAGGUCUCGGACAUCGGCACACUCACACGGGUCACAGUCACGCUCACGGUCAAACUCACGGCCACGCUCAUGGCCAUAGCCAGGGUGACGGUGGUUCCAGUUCGAUAUCGGCUGGUACCGUGCAGAUUAAUCAGAUGAACGCGUUCUCCGGUCCUCAUCAUCUAGCUCGACAGCAGCAGCAACAGCAGCAGCAGCAAAUUGGCCACGUUCAAACGCAAAACGGCACCCUGGACGACGAAUGGAAGAACAUUCAUAUGAUGUUGAACUGUAUCCUCGGUAUGGUGGAGAAGACGAAGAAAGCUUUGGCCAUACUACAGACUCGCGGAUGCUUCGCGGCGUCGACAACGGCGCCUCCUUUGGCCAGCACCAGUACCGUACCAGCUCAGAACGGCGGUAGCGCUGGUACCACCGCUGCCAGCAAUAAUCCAUCGUCGACAAACGGUUCUCAAGUGGAGUCCUCGAGCGGCGAUCGCGAAGGUAGCUUGAAACGGCUGUCCGGCGAGAUCGUUGCUCAAACGAUCAGGGCGAUCGAGGACAAGGUGGCGGAAGUGAAGAGGAAAGACGAGGAAGCCGUGAAAAGGGCCGUAAUGGCCGAGGUUCAGCGUGCGGUUCGAGUGGCGGUAGCUGAAUCUAGAGCGAACGAACGCCUACGAGUUCAUCGAAUGCUCGACGUUCCGUUGUCCCAGAGGAAUCACGGCAGCCCUCUUCGUCAGGGAUCGUACCUGCGAGUUCACGGUAGUCACAGACCGGUCGAUGGAAACGCCAGGACCGUUGCUGCGACACCGACCAACUCUGUUUCCAACUCGAUCCCGUCGAUCAGCGAAGAGGAAAAGGAAACGGUGCCGCAGCUGCAAACCGUCUCGGGAUCCAGUUGUUGGAACUGUGGCAGACCAGCGUUGGAAACGUGCGGUGGUUGUGGAAUAGCGCGAUACUGUGGCUCCUUUUGCCAACACAGAGACUGGGAAACCGGUGGUCACCACGCGACGUGUAACAACCCUCCGCCCCGCGAACCUCGGAGAUCAGCGUCUCGUAGUCCGCCGAGGAUCGCCAGCGUGAACGAGGCGAGCGUCGCCGCGCCGAUACCAGCCAGCGGCGCGACCAAAGGGAAGUGACGUUACGAUGGCAACUACUAUCGAUUCCGACGAUUCGCCAGACCGAUCCAGUACGACUCGCGUUAACGUUAACACCCUUUCUUCUAUGUCGAAUCAUACAUCUUCUGCAUCUUUUCCACAUUCUCGACACUGGUCCUGACACAGGUCGUUUGAUUGCGUUUCCACUUGAAAGCCGUUGCCGCUGCACACUGCCGCGGUGUCGAACGUUUUCUCGAAAUUCAUUCGUCGGUACAUGCCAGGCCAAGCUAAAGAGUUGAGCAGUUAAACAAAUGAAAUUGAUGCCCCUCUAUGAAUUUGUAGUUGUAAACCGUUCGUCGAAUUUUCUUCUUUAGAAUAGUCUGUGUAACGGUUCGUUGUAUUGCUAUUUGAUCGAAGCGACAGAGUAGAGAUAAAUAACGUGUAUAUAUGUAUAUUUCGGAUCGUAGAUGGUUCGAAUAAACAAUCACUUUAAUAUUGCAAACGUCGAACGUAAGAGUAACGCUGAUUCCUCGCUAUAUUUCGAUACUACCGUGUGCGCCGUACGUGCGUGAUAGAAACUGAAAGACACGAACCAAGCUAAUGCCGCCCAAAACAGCAAACGAUCCGAUAAACAAUUUAAUUUUUAUGACACUAGUUUUACGAUGAUGCUGGAGGACAAAGGAAAGAAAAACAAAAGCGACAACGAUAUCAAAGGAAAUUAUACGUGUUGUACGACCUCUAGGUCUCCCUACGAACAUGUAACGUGAGGAAACAAUUAACAAGGUAUUUAACAUGUUUCAUCAAGUUCAAGAUCAAAUAUCAUCAACUUUGAAAUUGUUAUUGCUUUUUUUCUCGCCUCAGAACUUGAUGCAACGAAUUUAAGUUUUUCUUUUCUUCCAGCGAAAUCGAUGUACGGCGUAAUGCAAUACCCCAUCGAUCAUUCUCCUAGUCAAUUGAUAGAUAAACACGGUCGCAACGCGACGUUUUGUUUUAUACGCGUGACAAUGUAUAUAAAUGCAUGUGCACGUUUACGAAUCUAGUCAUUGUCGAGUCGAGAGGUAAAACGUGUUUAUCGGUCGUGCGCGCGUUAGGAAAACUUUGCUCAAAUCUAAACUACGAAUCGUUGUAUGUUUUUUCUAGGUGUAUUUUACGUUGCAGGGAUGUAUGAUGGAUUCUAUAGAUUGUAUUUAUGAAUUAACGAAAUACAUGAUUAUUCUGUGUCAUAAUGGUUAAAGAA